AGCCCCCUCACUCUUCGUCUCUUCCGGCAAUUUAAGAUUCCCUCAUCCACCCCUCCCUCCCCCCCCCCCCAAAUCUCACAUCCAAACAAAAAAUAAUCAGCCCCCUCUCACUCUUCGUCUCUUCCGGCAUUUAAGAAUACCUCAUCCACAUACUAAAAAAAUUUACAUAAAGCACAUGUACAAGAGCUUUGAAUCUCCAAUGUAUCAUGGGACCACUGCAUGGUAUGGGGGAAGCUGAAAAAAUAUCAAUGAAACAGUUGUCCAUGCAUAAUCACAUGUUUUAUUAGUGCUACAACGCAUGCAUGUACUCUUCUGCUUUUGGCUGCUUUCAAUGUAAUUCCAACAGACAAAGUUCUAAGACAAAACACGACGAUGCUACCAAAGUUUCGGAUUCUGCAUCUUCUAUAAAUUCCCUACAAAGUAGUAAGCAUUUCUGGGCAAACCCAAACCCUUAUUGCUACACAAAAUAUUACAGAGAAGCCUUUGACCCAAUGUCCCAAAUGUUAGCCAAAGUUCCUAAAGAGGGAACGACACAGCAAAGAAAGAUAAGAUUAGUCCUAUUCCCUCUACCCUUGCAAGGCCAUGUUACACCAAUGUUCCAUCUAGCCACUCUUCUUCACUCAAAAGGUUUCUCAAUCACUAUAACCCAAACAAAAUAUAAAUCUCUUGAUCCUACCCUAUUCCCGCACUUCGCCUUCCACCUCCUGGAUGAUGGCUUGCCUGAUAACGCCACAUUUGGACCAAAUAAUCACAGCACGAUCCUAGCCACCCUAAACACAAACUGCUCAGAACCGUUCAGAAAUUGCUUAACCCAGAUUUUGAGCAAGGAGCCCAUCGCUUGCCUUAUUACAGAUCCUUUGUGGUCAUUCACAAAGUCUGCUGCCAGUAGCCUUAGUCUUCCCAGGAUCGUCCUGAGGUGUGCUAGCAUGUCUACCUUUUACGUUUAUCAUUCCCUGCCAUUUCUACGAGAAAAGGGCUACUACCCUCUCCAAGAGACUAAAUCUGAUGAGCCAGUACCAGAGCUCCCACCACUCAAAGUCAAAGACCUACCUCCAGAAGCAAAACAUAACCUCUUGGUUGAUAUAAUUACAGAAAUGGAGAAUUCACAAGGUAUCAUCUGCAACACUUUUGAGGAACUUGAAGAUUUUUAUAUAGCAAGAGUACACCAAGUCCUUCCCAUCCCCAUCUUUGCACUAGGUCCAAUACACAAAAACUCACCAAGUUCUCAGGCUAGCAUAUGGACGCAAGAUCAUACAUCCAUUUCAUGGCUAGAUACACAAGCCCCCAAGUCAGUGCUCUAUGUUAGUUUCGGGAGCAUGGUACAAGUGAGCAAAGCUGAUUUUGUAGAGAUAGCCUGCGGAUUAGCCAACAGCAAGCAGCCGUUCCUAUGGGUGGUUCGCCAUGGCUCAAUUGAAGGAUCAGAUGAAACUGAUCCACUCCCCUUGCCAGAGGGUUACUCAGACACAAUAGGUCAAAGGGGGAAUAUUGUCAACUGGGCACCUCAACAAGAAGUUUUAGCCCACCCUGCAGUAGGAGGUUUCUGGACUCAUUGUGGAUGGAACUCUAUUAUGGAGAGCAUUAGUGAAGGUGUACCAAUGCUUUGCCUACCUUUCUUUGCUGAUCAGAAUAUAAACACGAGGCACGUAAGCGACCAUUGGAGAAUUGGAAUGGAGCUGGACAAGGGGAUCAAAAGAGGUGAAAUAGAGAGAGCAAUCAGAAAACUGAUGGUGGAAGAAGAAGGUGAAGCAAUGAGAAAUAGAAUCACAGCUUUGAAAGAAAAGGCAACUCUUUCUGUCAUGGAAGGUGGCUCCUCAUACAAAUCCUUGGAGAAUCUCACUAAUUAUCUCUUGUCUUCACUUUAAGUUGCUCUGUACUUCCAUUUUAAUUCCGCGAAAAUUGGCCUAUAAAGAAUUCAGUACAAUCCACCCCCUCUUUCAUCUCAAAUAUCAAAGGUCCAAACCCAAACGGGAACAAGAGAUUGGAAUUGUCUAUUUUGACAGACUGUAGACUGUAGACGGUAGACCAGACUUGUUCUAAUACGGAGCAAAAUAUCCAUGCUUGGAUCCGGUAAAGAACUGGUUUUGAGAUUUUUAACUUCUUUAUAAAAAUAUUUUUUUAAAAAAAACAUUUUUUUUUAUCCACACAAAUGUUAUUUCAUAUUGUCUUUUUUUUUUUUUGACAAACAUUUCAUAUUACCUUAAUCACUGUAGAAAGGUCAAUAUUGAAUAAAACAUGUCCUUUAACAUAGUCACUAAAAAGAAGUAUAAAUACAUAAUUUUUAACACAAAUCUUCACUGCAGUUAUUAUUCUUUAGAGGAUCACUAAAUCAACAUUAAGUAUUGUAAAAAAAAAAAAAUUGAAGCAAGUAAAGAAAGAGAAAUAAA